AUGGUGAACAUCACGGAGAAGAUUAAGGAGAUUGAGGAUGAGAUGCGCAGGACGCAGAAGAACAAGGCCACAGAGUACCAUCUUGGUCUGUUGAAGGGAAAACUCGCCCGACUACGAGCCCAACUACUAGAGCCCACGGGCGGAUCCGGCGGCGGCGGCGCAGGUUUCGACGUCAGCAAGAGCGGUGAUGCGCGAGUCGCGCUGGUCGGUUUCCCAUCGGUCGGUAAAUCGACGUUCCUGAGCAAGAUCACCAAGACGAGGAGUGAGGCCGCCGCUUACUCUUUUACCACGCUCACGGCUAUCCCGGGUGUGUUGGAGUAUGGGGGUGCUGAGAUCCAGAUUCUCGAUCUGCCGGGUAUCAUUGAGGGAGCCGCGGAGGGUAAGGGUCGAGGACGACAGGUGAUUUCGGCGGCGAAGACCAGUGAUUUAAUUCUCAUGGUCCUGGACGCUACCAAGAAGGCCGAACAACGGGCAUUGCUGGAGGCGGAAUUGGAUGCCGUUGGAAUCAGAUUGAACAAGGAACCUCCGAACAUCUACCUGAAAGCCAAAAAGGCCGGAGGAAUGAAAAUCACGUUCCAGACUCCACCCAAGUACCUGGACGAGAAGAUGCUCUAUAACGUGCUGCGUGACUAUAAGAUCCUGAACUGUGAGGUUCUGGUGCGAGAUGAAUACGCGACAAUCGACGACUUCAUCGACGUGAUCAUGAAGGACCAUAGAAAGUACAUCCGAUGCCUCUACGUAUACAACAAGAUCGACAGCGUCAGCCUCGACUUCCUGGACCAACUAGCCCGUGAACCGUACACGGCUGUGAUGAGUUGCGAGCUGGACCUGGGCGUACAAGAGGUUGUUGAUCGAGUGUGGAAGGAAUUGCGAUUGGUUCGGGUUUAUACGAAACGAAAAGGCGAAGAGCCCGAUUUCUCGGAAGCCCUGAUCGUGCGAUACCAGUCGACCAUCGAAGACGUGUGCGACCAGGUACACCGCACGCUGAAGGAGACGUUCAAGUAUGCGAUGGUGUGGGGUGCGAGUGCAAGACACGUUCCGCAACGGGUGGGAUUGUCGCAUGUUAUUGCUGAUGAGGAUGUGGUUUCGAUUGUUGCGAAAUAG